AGUAGUUAAGGAAUUUACAUUGAGCUGCAAGGUUAUAUAUUGGUUGUUGCAAAUUUAUUUAUCCGAGAACACAGAACAAAUCCCCAUUUUCAGGUAUGCCACAACGUUUUGUGAAAUGUAGUAUUGAUUUACAAAAUCACAGGGUCACGUGCCAUAAAAAGGAGAAGAGUGUGAUAAGGUACCUGCGGGGCGUAAUUUUAUUCGACAGGAAGCUUUGAACGAGAAGAGUGGCCAUUAGAAAAUUUCAGAAUGAUAACCUGGACCAUAUCAAUCUUUGUCGGACUAUGUCUGUUAGUUGAUAGUGUUGAAGGAGGCGAGUGCUGUAAAGCCCAUUAUGGACGUUUCUCAAAUGAUGAAAUGUGGUGUGGGGAUUACUGCUGUAGUGCUGGCGUUGGAUACUACUGUUGUGACAACAUACUAUUCCAGGUGGACAGCUUGGAACGGGAUGACCUAUGUAGCGAUUACUUCUCAGAAAAUGUUUGGGCUCCCAUCCUGAUCGCUUUAGGCAGCUUGGGAGCCGUCAUCGGUUGUUGUUUCUGCUGUUACCGUUGCUGCUGUCGGUCUAACACCAGGAUUGGCGGAGCGGUGGUCAUGGCUCCAGCCGGAGGUCCGAGUGUGACGGUUGUAAACACAACAAACACAAUGACCCAGCAACCGCCACCGAUGAUGACGAGCCACGCAGGAUACAACCAGGGACAGCAACAGAAUUACUAGUCUAUAAUACCACAUUUGUGUGUUUGUAUAUGUGGAUUAAAUAACAAACAUAAAACAAAUUGAAAAACACAAUCCAAAACUGUUGCUUACGAUAAUUCCACUGUGCUUACUAUUAGAGCUAUUUUCGUUUCAGUUCUAGAAUUUUCCGUUUUGUCAUUCGUUUUUACAAGUGUCUUCCACAUACUGUGGGAUUAACCUUUAUAUGUAUUAAUGCCUAUUUUGUUUAUCGUACGCGCUUUUACUUCUCAAACGUUCUGUAAGGUAAAUGUAGAUUAGCAAUAAGGAAUGUGUAUCUCAGCUACCGGGUACUAGUAAAAUUAUUAUACAAUAAGGGAUGUGUAUCAUAGCUAAUGUGUACUAGUUACAAUAUAAUACAAUAAGG